CGAUGUGCAUCAGCGCGCACCAACUUCCCAGCGCACCCACAAGGCCAUGCAAUUUAGCAAAUACCAGGGAAUUCAGGCGGAUGUUUUAUUUCUAGAGUAGGGUUGGUUCAAAUAUAGUUUAUUUGUUUGAAAUGUCAAACAUCGACUAUUUAGAUUUUUCUAUUUGCAUAUUUCGCAUGGUAUUGAGGUGAAAUGUUGUCACAGUGCCUUGUUUUUAAAUACGGAUUUUGAUUUGGAUAUAUUAUAGUGUGUGUCAUAUUUUCCCAACAUAACCUACCACAGGUUGAUCAUUUUUAGACACAUUCUAGGCAAUGACGGGUCCAGAAACUCACAACUGCCACACCAAGUCUCCAAAUGGCAAACAGGCGAUGAUGAAAUCUUGAAAUGUAUUUGAUUGAGCGAUAGAAAUUUGGCGAGAGACUUUAGGGAUUUACGGUACUGUCGUGACAGUAGUUUAGCUGUGGACUAAUGAGCGGUAAGAAAACAAUGCAAGCCUACCUUUAACACAGAUACGAUUUGAGUAAUUUGGUAUUGCUCGGGAAAAGUGACUGACUGUUUCAUGUGUCACUAUUUCGAAAACUGCACAUGCAGUCUCUUUUAUAAUGGACGGAUAUAGGCACAGUCAGCAACGGAUUUGACAUACACACGUACCUUAUUUUCAAACCGUGCCCACGCUCCAGCCGCCUUUGCCGGUGUGCGCACACAGCACACCCGCCUCCUCAGCCGCCUCUCCGGUUAGUCCUCCCCGGCAGUCAGUCUUUACCCGUCCGGUGCUGAAGAGCGAGUCGGAGGGGCUACGGAUGACAGCGCAGAGAUGAGGUCGGGCAGAUGACCGCCACAUUCUCCGCUGGUCCUGCGCAAGCCAGGGUUAUCCGUUUUUUGGGGGAACGGACCACAAUAAUACAAAAACAUAAACUGUAGUAGCCUAGGCUACAACCUUUUCUGAAGAUGAAUGGAUAUUCUGUCAAUGGAUUUAUUAUAUCUUGAGGAAUCAAAGAGUUCUGGGUGUGCGGGCUGUUUGGGACGUUACUUGUAACCUGGUAUUGCAUAAGUGUGUUGUUGUUUGGAGAUUUGGAGAGUCUUCGUCCUUGAACUACCAUGGCCAGCGUGAAUAAGAAUCUGCGGGACAGUGACAUCCAGAAAAAGAUAGACCAUGAGAUCCGGAUGCGGGACGGGGCCUGUAAGCUGCUGGCUGCCUGCUCCCAGAGAGAUCAGGCCCUGGAGGCAGCCAAGAGCCUGCUCACCUGCAACACCCGCAUCAUGGCCUACAUGUCAGAGCUGCAGAGGAUGAAGGAGGCCCAGGUCAUGCAGAGGGUCGCACGAAGGUCAGAUGGCACGAGGUCAUCAGAUGCAGGGCCCAUGGACGACAGACUACCCUGUAAGGGUAAGGUGGCCAUCUCAGACCUCCGCAUCCCACUCAUGUGGAAAGACACCGAGUACUUCAAGAACAAAGGAGAGCUGCAUCGGUGUGCAGCGUUCUGUCUACUUCAGGUGGGAGGGGAGAUCCACGACACAGACAUGGUGAUGGUGGACCGGACACUCACCGACAUCUGCUUUGACAACACCAUCGUCUUCAGCGAGGCCAGCCCGGGCUUUGAGCUGCGAGUGGAGCUAUACAGCUGCUGUUCGGAGGAGGACUACUCGGCAGGGAGCGCGCCCAGGAAACUAGCCAGCAAACUGAGCAGCUCUCUGGGCCGCUCGGCAGGAAAAAAGCUCCGUGUUGCCAUGGACCCUGGAGCCUGCAGCCCCACCAGCAAUGGAGGGGCAGCCACACUGCUGCUACCUGGACCCGCAGUGGCGGGACCUAAGUACCACCUCCUGGCCCACACAUCCCUGUCACUGUCACAUGUCCAGGACAGCUUCCGCACUCACGACCUCAGCAUCUCAGGCAACGAGGAGUUUUCGUACUGGGUGCCUCUCUACGGAAGUGUGUGUUGUCGCCUGGCUGCUCAGCCUCACUGUAUGACCCAGCAGAUGAUGAGUGGCUGCUUGAAGGUCAAGCAGUUGGGAGGUGACCCUCAGAGUUGGACGAAUGUCUACGGCGUCCUUAAAGGGACAAACCUUUUCUGUUACCACCGGCAAGAGGAUAUGGAGGCUAACGUCGAGCCAGCAUUUACCAUUGCCAUCAACAAAGAAACGAGAAUACGUGCAUCAGAGAAAGACCCCCACAGUAAGGCCCAGAGCAUCUGCAUCAGUAACCAGUACGGGGGAGAGGAGGUGACACACACACUCUCGGCAGACAGUCGCGAAGAGACACACCGCUGGAUGGAAGCGUUCUGGCAACAGUUCUAUGACAUGAGCCAAUGGAAGCAGUGCUGUGACGACUUGAUGAAGAUUGAGCUACCAUCACCCCGGAAACCAGCCCUUGUCACGUCGAAACAGGGUUCUCUUUACCACGAAAUUGUUAUUGACACCUCCGAUGACAUCAGCACGGUGACGGACAUCCUGACGCGGCGGAUGCAGGAGCUGGAGCUGAGGAGCCAGCUGGGGACCUCUCCUCCCUGGAUGUCCCUGUUCGAGGAGUCUCCUGGUGGCCCCCGCACACCUCGGCUGGCGCGCCACAGCCCCCACUCCCCCCACCGCCUCCCCCACAGCCCACUGAGCCCCCUGCGCUGCCCCUGGCCAGGCCUGCUCUCCUCAGAUGCCAGCCUGACCUCGGACAGCGACAGCCCCUGCAGCACCAGCCCCUGCUCCCGCCACCGAGGCUGGGCCGAGCCCCUCUCCUCCCCCCGCUUCCGCCCCCGCACCCUCUCCCUGGAUGCCAAGCUCAGCACUCUCAGGGGCAGGGGGUAUGGGGGGGUGUUACAGUGCUCCUGUCAGCCCCCUUCCUCCUCCUCCCUUGCCCCCAUCCCGGCCCAAUGCGUCCCCCAGGCCACCCUGUCCUGCUCCAGCUCCACCUCCAGUAACAGCUCCAGCGAGGGCAGCCACAGCCCCUCCUCGUUGGACGGUACCCCUUUCUCACGCCCCUCCUCGGCCCGCCGGAGCCUCAGGAACUUGAGAGCCAAACUGGACCCCCGAAAUUGGCUCCAGAGCCAGGUAUAACCCACCUCAGCUCCCCACUCAUCUAAACCGUCUCCAGAGCAAGAGGUAACCCACCUCAGACCCCCACUUACUGUAUCUAAACCACUGAGCCAGGGAUAACCCACCUCAGACCCCCACAUCAUCCAAAGUCCUGGAAAGAACUGGCGGGAAGGAAGCCAGUCCCUCAGUUGAAAAAGCCCUGGUAUUAACUGGAAUUACUUUAGACUAAGGACAGGAGACAUCCUGCGUCCAGCUCUUCAGUGGGCUGUGUCAGUAUCAAUGGUCCACAGAGCAUGGGAGUCUUCUGCUUCCCUUUCUAAUGGUAAUGCUGGUUAGGAAAUUGAAGAGAAAGUUUUGUUGAUGAUAUACACGCAAUAUCUCUAGGCUCUGUGCAUCUGAAAUCUCCAACUGGCAAGGGCAGCAUCUGUCAGUCAAAGACUAGAGCUUCCUCGUCAGUCAUCCAAGCCAUACACCCCUCAAUAUGAACAUGAUUUCAUAGCAUCUUGUUAGUUCAGCUGCGGUAUUUAUUUACUGUAUGUGCUGUAUUUGGGUUUGCAGUGUUUGGGCAGGGCAGUGAGCAUGUGGCCAAGUGAAUUGUCAGUGUAUGGGAAUGUUUAGUGUCUAUAUGUGGUCAUGGGGUUGUUGUUGUUGUUGUUGUUACCUGUACCACAAAGGCUCACUGUGAUCUAUCCAAAUGGCUAGACCCAUCACCUGUAUUAUGAAUUCAUGCCUAGAAGGAACAAGUAUACUUAUGCACCGAUUUUGCUUAUUGCAUGAUUGUGCUCAAAGUCAAAGAAUCUGUUGCAGGAGAUCUUAACUGCUCAGAAGGUGAAUGAAUUGAAAGGUCAACUUAAUGCAACAGUUCUCCCAAUAAUUUACUGUACUACUUGUUACUACAAUGAUAACAUCAGGGUCACAUCGAGCUACUGCAAGGUUCCUAGAACCUCCCCGGCAUUCGUUAACACAUUGUAGGCCUACUACACACCAACCAAUAUUUAAGAUUUCUGUUAAUCACUUAUAGAGUAAUUAUAAUGAAUUGAAGUAAGCCAAAGGUAAUGUACUACAUAAUCACGAGAACCCAUAUUAACUUGUUACACUGCCUCAUUGCAGUAUUGCGUGCAAAUGUACUGACUUUGAAAUCUGGGCCGGCCCCUACAAAAUCCCCUAGAGUUAAGAUGUAGGCCUAGAUGGUUAUGAAAUGGAGAGGCAUAGGCUUUGGAUGUCCUUGUCAAUCGUAAUAUGCCCCUGCUAGCAGGCAAGGAUUUUUCUCACAAACGAUACUCUGUUGAUGAAACCGAUACUCUGCAUGGAGAACAGUGUUGCUAGGUGGUUUAAACCCCAUGCUACAGCUCUUCUCAGGUCCCACUGAAAUGGUAAAUUCAAGGGUAUUUUAAUGUCAUCCAAUUCAUUUAGGUUGGCAAAUGUUAUGUAUUUGAGAAUGUACAACCUGGGAAUGCACAUACAUGGGUGAAGAGUUUAAAUAUCCCACCUUUGACCUUGUGGAUUUAUAGCUUAGUUUGUGGUACAGUCAUAACCUUAUGCCCUGAAAACCGGACCUAGAAUUUCACACAGUACCAGUCCAAAGUUUGGACACGCCUACUCAUUCCAGGGUUUUUAUUUAUUUGUACUAGUUUCUACCUUGUCAAAUAAUAGUGAAGACAGCAAAA